UAUAAAUAGUCGUGAUUUUGUCAGAGGAGCAUAAGUCUCUAUUUGAUUUCGUCGUAAGCUAGAGAACAGCAAAUGUCGCAAUAUAAGUACCAAUCGGGCUUUGGCUCGCAUUUCUCAUCAGAGGACGAGCGGUGUCCCAAUUCGUUGCCAGUGGGUCAAAACUCUCCUCAGCAGUGUCCCUAUGGUCUUUAUGCAGAGCAAUUGUCAGGAUCCGCAUUUACUGCCCCACGUACUGAAAAUGUGCGAACUUGGCUAUAUAGGAAACUCCCCAGCGCGGUUCAUAAGCCAUUUAAAAGAUAUGAAGGCUCUAAGUAUUUGAGUCAAAAUUGGGAUGAACAACCCCCAAAUCCCAACCAGAUGCGCUGGAAACCUUUUGACAUACCCGCAAAAGAGCAAGAGACUAUAACCUUUGUCGAUGGAUUUCACACUGUAUGCGGUGCUGGCGAUGCAAGGGCUCGUCAUGGAUUGGCUAUCCACAUCUAUUUAUGCAACACGUCUAUGGACAAUUCUGCUUUCUAUAACAGUGAUGGUGACCUGCUAAUUGUGCCACAACAAGGAGUUUUGGAUAUAACAACUGAACUCGGACGUAUGACUGUAUCUCCGAAUGAAAUUUGUGUUAUUCCCCAGGGCAUCCGUUUUGCCGUAAAGAUUGACUCGCUAAGUAGAGGUUAUAUACUUGAGGUUUAUGAUGGACACUUUUGUUUGCCAGAUCUGGGUCCUAUUGGCGCAAACGGACUAGCCAAUCCGAGAGACUUUGAAACUCCUGUCGCCUGGUUCGAUGACACUGCUGGGAAAGAGUAUCAAGUCAUAUCGAAAUUUCAAGGCAGUUUGUUUGUGGCCACUCAAAAUCACAGCAUUUUCGAUGUUGUCGCUUGGCAUGGGAAUUAUGUUCCGUAUAAAUAUGAUUUAUCCAAGUUUAUGGUUAUCAAUUCGGUUAGUUUUGAUCACUGUGAUCCGAGUAUUUUCACAGUUCUUACAUGCCCAAGCCUCAGACCCGGUACAGCCAUCGCGGAUUUCGUAAUCUUUCCGCCUCGUUGGUCGGUGCAGGAGCACACUUUCCGUCCUCCGUAUUAUCAUAGAAAUUGUAUGAGCGAAUUCAUGGGUCUCAUACUAGGUCGUUAUGAGGCUAAAGAGGAUGAUUUUGCUCCAGGCGGGGGUACGUUACACUCUAUUAUGACGCCCCAUGGUCCGGAUGUCAAGUGUUUUGAAGGUGCUUCCAAUGCUAAACUGAAACCUGAGCGUAUAGCCGAUGGAACUCAAGCUUUUAUGUUUGAGUCGUCCCUCAGCCUGGCCGUAACAAAGUGGGGCGAACACACUUGUCAGAAAUUAGAUGCUCAGUACUACGAAUGCUGGCAAGCUUUAAAGAGCAACUUUAAAAUUUAAAUUUAAUCAAUUUCAGAAAUAAUUUCAGUUUACAUUUAUUAUUUUUUGGAAUACAUGGAUUUUUAUAAUAAUGGAA